GUAAAAACCGGCCUCUUAACUUCCCCGCCAAAACCCUAGGUUUCGGUCAUCACCCCUCAACGAACCACUCUCGAAUUUGAAUUUCCCAAUUGAAUCGUCUCCAAUCAAAUUCAAAUCCAUUGAAUUCACACUACAGAACGAAUCACUGUUGAAGAACAAACGAACAGAUUUGAACAGAUGGACGAAAGAGAGACCGAAAUCGAAGUCCGAACCCUAACCGGUGAAACAAUUACAGUCUCAAUUUCUUCAAACAGAACAAUUCAAGACCUCAAACUUCUCCUCAAACAGAUAUUUCCACCCGCAGCAUCGCCUCCGAACUUCCACCUGUUACAUAAGGGUACGAAACUAAGUUUGCAGAGUCAGAUAAGUAGUAAUAUGAUUUCCGAUGGAGAGUUUAUCGUUCUUAUUCCGUUUGCGAAAAAGGACAAGCAGAAAUCGGUGGAUGUUAGUGCGAGUGAAACGAGUUUUCAAAAUGCACAUCAGUGUUCCACUUCCAGUUUUGCUGAGUCAGCAUGGUCGGAUAUGAUGCAAGAUCUGUCUUCGCUUCGACAACGAGAGAUUGAUGGAAGCGAAAGUUGUCCGCCUGUUGACGUUGAAGGCGCGUGUUCGGACACGCGGAACGAAGCAGAUAGGAGGAAUUUUGAUAGUUUGCUUGAUGAGGCAGUAUUGGUUUUGAACAUGUUAUGUGAUGAUGAUGAGCUUGAUGAUAAUGGUUGUGAGAAGUUUAUGCUGGUUUUGGAGUCCGUUAACUGUUUGUAUGAUUUGAAAUCCAAGAGUUGUAUGUUAAGGAAUGCGAAUGUACGAUGCGGUGAAAUGGAUUAUGCUGCUGGCAGUAGUUAUUUGUGUUUUUGUCCGUCUUGGCUGAAGGUUUUGUUAAAGGCGUUUUAUUUUUUGAACAUCUACUGUGCUUUUCUUCAAGUUCAGCAGAAAAAAGUUACCAUGCUUAGUUUGGAGGGAGGCUUGAACCGGUUAAGUAAGUUCGGACCGGGAUUUGAUUAUGCUGAUCUUGAAAAUCUUUCUUUGCUUUGCCCUAAGGUUAUACAAUUUGUUGACGAUGAGACUGAGUGUAAAAAGUCAAAUAACAUGAUUGUUGUCGUUAAGUCAAAAUUAGAUACUGAGUACCCAGUUAAAGGCAAGAAAAAAUUGUCUACCACAAGAGUAGUUAACGCUAUGAAAAAAAGAGAAGGUUCCUUCAAAGCAGAUUUAUAUGCAAUUGUCAAAUCAUUUAUGGAAAAACAGGGGAAUGAGAAAAUCAAAUCAUGUUCAGUGAACGAUCUUUUGCUGCAUGUAAAUGAGAAAAAUGAUAAAGAAACUAAAACUGAUGCUAAGCAAACAAAGAGAAAUUUGUCUGAAUCCUCAAGUGCUUUUUCAUCCGAAGCAUUGUGUAAUGCGACAAAUCCUUUGCUACCUACAGAAAUGGUUGAGCAUCUGAGAGCAGGCAUUGGUUCUCAAGGACAGAUGGUUCAUGUUGAAGAGAUUAACGGCCGAAUAGCCAACUUUGUGGAGAUUCCAUCUUAUUUAUCUGAACGAAUGAAAUGUGCGCUUAAAUCAUCAGGGGUCUCAAAGUUGUAUAGCCACCAGGUGGAGUCAAUUGAGGCUUCUUUGGCUGGAAAGAAUGUCGUUAUUUCAACUAUGACGUCUAGUGGAAAGUCACUUUGUUAUAAUCUACCGGUUCUUGAAGUAUUAUCGCAAAAUCUUUCAGCUUGUGCUCUGUACCUUUUUCCAACGAAGGCUUUAGCACAAGAUCAACUAAGAGCAUUACUAUCUAUGACAGUAGGUUUUGAUGUAGGUUUAAACAUUGGAAUAUACGACGGUGAUACUGCUCAGGAAGAUCGAUUAUGGUUGCGCGAUAAUUCUAGACUGUUGAUCACAAAUCCUGAUAUGCUUCACAUGUCAAUCUUGCCAUUACAUAAGCAGUUUGAGCGAUUCUUAUCUAACGUCAGGUAUGUGGUAAUUGAUGAAGCUCACACAUAUAAGGGAGCGUUUGGAUGCCAUGUGGCUCUUAUUUUAAGGCGCUUUCGCCGGCUUUGUGCUCAUGUCUAUGGGAGCGAUCCAUCAUUCAUUUUUUGCACUGCAACAUCAGCCAAUCCCAGUGACCAUGCAAUGGAUCUUGCGAGUCUACCAACAAUGGAGUUAAUUCACAAAGACGGCAGCCCUUCGGGCCCCAAACUGUUUGUCCUCUGGAAUCCUCCUUUACACAUGAAAACCGUAACCAAGAGAACUAGAAGUAAGACAAAUACCAUCCAAUAUGACAGAACCGUUUUUGCUGGUCGUUCAAGUCCAAUCUUGGAAAUUUCAUGUCUUUUUGCAGAAAUUGUUCAGCAUGGACUUCGGUGCAUUGCGUUUUGCAAAACACGCAAACUGUCUGAACUUGUAUUGAGCUAUACGCGUGAAAUUCUUCAGAAGACCGCACCCAAUCUUGUAAAUUCCAUAUUUGCAUAUCGAGCUGGCUAUACUGCUCAGGAUAGGAGAAGAAUCGAGAGUGAGUUUUUUGGCGGGAAAAUUUGCGGUGUUGCUGCUACAAAUGCACUUGAGUUGGGGAUUGAUGUUGGGCAUAUUGAUGUCACCCUACAUCUAGGUUUUCCUGGUAGUAUAGCUAGCUUAUGGCAGCAAGCUGGGAGGUCUGGAAGAAGGGAACAACCGUCACUUGCUAUAUAUGUUGCAUUUGAAGGACCUCUUGACCAAUAUUUUAUGAAGUAUCCUCAUAAACUAUUCAGAGGCCCAAUCGAAUGUUGCCACGUGGAUGCAAACAACCAGCAGGUGCUUGAACAACACUUGGUCUGUGCAUCUCUUGAACAUCCACUAAGUGUUGUUCAUGAUGAAAAAUACUUUGGUCCAUCUCUAAAAUCUUCCAUACUGUCACUUAAAAGUAAGGGAUACGUUACUACCGAUCCCUCCAGGGGCCCCACGGCCGAAAUUUGGAACUACAUUGGGCACGAGAAAUUGCCUUCCCAUACUGUUAGCAUUCGUGCAAUAGAGUCAGAGAGAUAUAAAAUAAUCGACAUGAAAAACGACAAACUUCUAGAAGAAGUAGAAGAGAGCAAAGCUUUCUUUCAGGUGUAUGAUGGUGCUGUUUAUAUGCAGCAGGGAAAAACCUAUUUAGUCAAGAAUUUGGAUUUAUCUACUAAAAUUGCUUUGUGUCAGGAAGCCGACUUGAAGUAUUACACCAAGACUCGUGAUUAUACCGAUAUUGAAGUAGUAAACGGUCACAUUGCCUACCCAGUUAAGAUUUGUAACAUUCAGAAAUCAAAAACAAACGCCCAAUCAAACCCAUGCAAAGUAACUACUACAUGGUUUGGAUUUAGACGUAUAUGGAAAGGAAGCAACCGAGUAUUCGAUACAGUUAAUUUAUCACUUCCUAGUUAUACAUACGAGUCACAGGCUGUCUGGAUCCGGGUCCCACAAUCAAUAAAAACAGCUGUGGAAACAGAAAACUAUUCGUUUCGUGGAGGCUUGCAUGCUGCUGGUCAUGCACUUCUGCAUAUCGUGCCUCUAUAUAUAAUAUGCAACUCAUCUGACUUGGCUUCAGAGUGUGUAAAUCCUCAUGACACUCGUUAUAUUCCUGAAAGAAUUCUACUUUAUGAUUCCCAUCCUGGAGGAACAGGCAUUUCAGCACAGGUUCAACCUAUUUUCACUGAACUUUUAACUGGUGCAUUGGAACUUAUAACAUCUUGCUGCUGCUCUGGGGACACUGGUUGCCCCAAUUGUGUUCAGAAUCUUUCUUGUCACGAAUACAAUGAAGUUUUGCACAAAGAUGCAGCCACAAUGAUCAUUAAGGGUGUUUUAGAACUGGAGAAAUCAAAUUUUGGAGAUCCUUGUAGUUCCUCUAACGAGGGUCAUUCUAUAUAAAAUCAGUUUUUAGUAAAGAACCGCAAGAACCAUGUAAAUACUUGUACUAUACAUGUUGAUUUAAUUUAAACGGUCGUAUAGCCCACCGUCUUUUCUCUC